GUCUGAGGGGAGGGGUAAGUAGAGCGUAGUUUGCAUAUAAUUUGCAUAUAGGUAUACUGAAGAAGUAGGCCUACGUCACUUUACUGGAACCCGUCGUCAGCUCUGAAGCCUCUGGCAUGGUGGCGUGACAAAAAUGUCCAGUUUACCGGGAUAUGCACCGAACAAGGCUAAAAGUACGGUUUGGCAAAAAAAUAAAUUAACGUUAGGUGUCUGUCGGUAUAUACUUGUUGCCGCUAAGUAUGAGUACAUCACAACAGUGGCUAACAGUAACAUAGCCUGUGACGUUAACAUUGACAUGAUAAACAGCAGGGCUUCGGCUGUGUAAAGUUACACUACUGACAUCCCCAACCGCACGCACGCACACACACACACACACCGGAGAGCCUCUCUUUGAGCCGCUAGUUCGGCUUAAACGCAGGUAACGUUACACAGUAACUCCUAGGGCCGCGAAUGUGCUUCUAUCUGUAUUUAAUGGUAGUUAGCGUUAAGUCUCCAGCCCUGUGAUGUCUCCUUUCUUUUUCUUUAGGAGUUAGAGACCAGUGUUAUUGCUGCUGCACAAGGCCUCAUAAACGUGCUAACGCAAAACAUUCAGCAGCAUCACACCCCAGCACAGCAGAAUCCAGUGCCGUCACAUGAGCACUAGAAUCAACAACAAGCACAAACCCGGAAUAUUGCUUCAGGUCAAGGGAGGUGUUGCUGAAGUUGAGAGAGAUGGCAGAUUCGCGACCCCAACAGAGGACUGAACCUUUGAUUGUGAGGCAGUUCAUGGAGAGAAUGCUGAGAAGGCUUCAGGAAGUUCUGCGACGUCAGCCUGUGGAUUUGGAUUAUUUACACUUUGUUUUAAGUCAUGAAGUGGGACUUGUUCGCUCUUUUGCCAAUGUAGUAGAACUGCCUCAAGGUGUUGUUCGUGCUUUAUCUGACUUAUUAAGACUUCUUCGUUUACAAGAGGAGAGUUAUCCAGCUGCUACCUAUGCAGAGGUUCUGGGUGGUAGGGGACAGCCAAAACUUGUAAUUUCUAAAGGAUGUCUUCAAAACCUAAUCGACAUGCAGUUGCCCAUCCCCUGUGUAGCUAAGCUCCUGGGUGUCUGCAAAAGGACAGUGUAUCGGCGGAUGCGUGAGUAUGGACUAUCAGUUACGGGAUCAUACAGCAAUCUCACAGAUGAGGAGCUGGACAAUCUUGUGCGCUCAGUUAAAUUGAAGAUGCCGCAUAAAGGCUAUAGAAUGAUGAAGGGUGAACUGCAAGCGAUGGGACACCGUGUCAGAUGGGACCAGGUUUCAGCAUCCAUGCACAGGGUGGAUUCUGCAGGGAUCUUGGAGAGAAUAACACGUUUAGGCUGUGUUGCUAGAAGAACAUAUUCUGUCAAGGGUCCCCACUCACUGGUCCACGUGGACACAAACCACAAACUUUUAUCAGGAUGCGGGUAG